CGAUCUUGGCGCGCUAGCGGGCGCAUAUCCGCUCAAAAGCAUCGCAUCCUGUUAGAGCUUCAAUUCAACAUUGGUACAAAAUGAAGCCACGAUUAUUUUCUACUCUGCGAAGGUUGCAACAUGAGAACCCUUUGGUAUGUUCAGUUCUUUUGAAGUAAGGAAGUUACAUGAGAAAUUGAUUGUUGGCGCAUAUCAGGGAUUACCACGAACUGGCAGCAUUCCGCGCAUGCAGCGUGGAUUGCCCGAAAGAAAAAAGAUAAAAGAUGUAAAGAAAGUUAUUGCAGUUUCAUCUGCGAAAGGAGGAGUUGGAAAAUCGACGCUUUCUGGUUCGUAUUUCCGGUGAUCUCAUAUCAGAAAGUACUGAUGGAAUAGUUAAUCUUGCACUGGCCUUUGCUCGCCGUGGUCUACGAAGUGGUAUUUUAGAUACAGAUAUCUUUGGUCCCUCGAUACCCACAUUACUCAAUCUAUCUGGGGAGCCCAGAUUAUCUUCAAGUGCGUCUCUGGUAAAAUGCAAUAGUUGAAACACGUCUGAUGUUUGGUCGGCAGACAAUCAACUUAUACCCCUCUCAAAUUAUGGCGUAAAAUCUAUGUCGAUGGGUUAUCUAGUGGGUGAUGCAGCGCCUGUUGUAUGGCGUGGAUUGAUGGUGAUGAAAGCAUUACAGCAACUUCUACACGAGGUCGACUGGGGUGGAUUGGAUGUUUUGGUUCUCGAUUUACCACCAGGAACAGGAGAUACUCAGUUGACUAUAACACAGCAAAUUGUACUUGAUGGUAAGUCCAUUCUUCAGGUCGAGUGAGGGUACUGAGUAUUUUCAGGAGCGGUAAUUGUGUCGACGCCUCAAGACAUAGCUCUCAAAGAUGCCGUGAAAGGUAUCAAUAUGUUUAAGAAGAUUGAUAUUCCUAUUCUGGGAAUGGUACAGAACAUGUCACUAUUUACAUGCCCGCACUGUCAAAACAGCACACAUAUUUUUGGGUCGCAUUCGGGAGUCACGCAUGCUUGUAAAGAGCAUGGGAUUGAUUUUCUAGGAGAUAUACCAUUACACGCGAGCAUUUGCGAUGACGCGGACAGGGGAAAACCGACAGUUGUAGCCGAGCCUGGAAGCGAAAGAGCAAAGGCAUUUAUGUCAAUCACAGAACUAGUGGGAAAGAGAAUCGGCUUGUUUUAACAAUAUUUAUUCAAAUAGGAAUAAGUACAGUCAAGGGCCGAGCAAUGGGCAAUAGUAAUAUCGCAACGCUAAAAACACCUGGGGAGAAAAUGAAAUAAGAAGGAGAGCAAUGAGAAAGAAGCAGCCAGCCAUGUUGUCAAGUGCAGGGUUCUUCGUACCUGGAAUUUUGGUUCAAGGUCAGGUCAAAACAGAAAUCUCCAGAAGGUCGUGAUGCUCAGUGCCCUAUACAAAAGCAAUCUUUAGCAUGUUUCAUUGUGCAUCAGAUAAUAAUACUGUUAGG